AUGCCGCUGAGCUGGACGGCGGCGGCGGCGGCGGCGGGGCUGGGCGGCGAGCCGGCCUGGGGGAAUCUGACGGUGGAGGGCAACGGCAGCCAGGCCGUCCCCCCAGGGCUGGUCCCGGCGGCGGACUGGCUGGUGCCGCCGCAAGCGCGGGCGCUCUUCAUCGUCCGUUGCGUGAUCCCCUCGCUCUACAUGCUGAUCAUGGCCGUGGGCUUGCUGGGCAAUGUCACGCUGCUGAAGGUCUUCGCUGGGGCGCGCAGCGUGCCCAACAUCUUCAUCUCCAGCCUGGCCCUGGGCGACCUGCUGCUGCUGCUCACCUGCGUGCCGGUCGACGCGGCGCGCUUCAUCCUCGAGGGCUGGCUCUUCGGCGAGCUGGGCUGCAAGCUGCUGCCCGCCAUCCAGCUCACCUCGGUGGGCGUCUCCGUCUUCACUCUCACCGCACUCAGCGCCGACAGGUACAAGGCCAUUGUAAACCCAAUGGAUAUUCAAGCAUCCAAUGCUGUCCUGUGCACCUGUAUUAAAGCAAUUGCCAUCUGGAUAAUUUCCAUCAUGCUAGCAGUUCCUGAAGCGGUAUUCUCUGAAGUGGCACAUAUCAAUGACGCAGAUAAUGUCAGUUUCACAGAAUGCAUACGAUACCCCUUGAAGGAUGAUUUGCACCCAAGGAUCCAUUCAGUGAUGAUACUUUUGGUUUACCUCCUCAUCCCACUCACCAUCAUUACUAUUUACUAUUACCAUAUUGCAAGGACUUUAAUUAAGAGUGCACAUAAUCUACCUGGAGAGUACAGUGAACAAUCUAAAAGACAGAUGGAAACUCGAAAACGUCUGGCCAAAAUUGUACUAGUCUUCGUUGGGCUUUUUGCUGUAUGCUGGCUGCCUAAUCAUGUGCUGUACAUGUACCGAUCCUUUAACUACAAAAAUAUUGACCCAUCACUUGUCCAUAUGGUUGUUACUUUGGUAGCCCGAGUGCUCAGCUUCUGCAAUUCAUGUGUAAACCCAUUUGCCCUCUAUUUUCUCAGCGAGAGCUUUAGGCGGCAUUUCAAUAGCCAGCUUUGCUGUCGCCUGAUGCCUCAUCAACAAAGAUCUGCCAGUUACCUGAACAGUUCCUCAGCCAUUCGAAUGACUUCUAUGGAAAACAAUGCCAGGAACACUGUUGCCAUGACGACACUCCUGAAUGGCCAUAACCCCAAACAAGAUAUGCCAUUGUAAUUUGAUCAGUGCACAUUUCAUCUUGGAAUGAAUUUGUUUUAACUAUUAUUUCUGUUGCUUGCCUAUUUCU